CUUUCAGUCUCUGGUUGUCGGUGUUACAGUUAAAACACGCGCGCGGGAUUUCCUGUCUGUUCGAUAAGCGUUGAGCGAGCGCAGCAAAUCGCAGUGAAUUUUUUUGGGACGUUGUGGCAGACUGAAUUCAAAUCUAUUUCAACCCACAUUCUUUCACACUCACUUCGAUUUGGCGCGUACCGAUUUUCAAAGUACAUAUGAACUGGUGUCUGAUAAGCUUAUAGGCCAAUAAUAGGGGCAAGGGACGUAGUCGUUUCUUGAUAUAAACAAAUAAAACCGAUAUUCAUGACCCAGAGCGUCGAACUGUUGUGGACUAAACGCGUAUGUAUGCAAGUAAAUGACUUUGCCUUUAAUGAAACAGUGACCGAAGGCAUGAAAAAGUCGGUACUUCUGCAAGGGAUGACGAUUUCCAAUUUGGGCAUACAAUAGAAGUGAAUUGAUUUAGUGACAGGCAGCUUCCACGACACGACGGAUUUAGAACGUGAAUCAAAUUAACAGCGCGGGUGCGUGCGAGAUCGCUUACAUAGUAGUAAAGAACUAAAUAGUGACAGUGCAAAAUGGCGGUGGCGACAAAAGGCAAUGUUUUCGGCGUUACCAGUGGCAGCCUCUUCGUAUAUGGCCUGACGUUUGCGUUUUGGGCGCUUUCACUUGGAAUACAACAAAUUGACGCCCAAAAUCCACCGCAACAACAGGUGUGUCCCGAGCAGAAUGAUAUUGCACCCUGUAUCUGUACGGUAAAGAAGAAUGGUUUGGAUAUUUUGUGUGAAACCACGGACUUGGUACAUAUAACAAAAUCAAUGGGCACCUUGAAGGGGCAGAGUCCCAUCAUUUUCUAUUUGAAAUUACGUCACAACAACCUACCUAAACUGCAAGGAUUUGUUUUUCUUGCGCUUGACAUCCGCCAUUUGACAAUUCACAACAGUAGUUUAGCAGCCAUUGAGGAAAAUGCGCUCAGCUCAUUAGGUAACGGACUCACACAGUUGGAUAUUUCGCAGAAUCAAAUGAAGACAGUACCAUCGGCAGCCUUAAAGCAUCUUUACCACUUGUUAAUACUGAAUUUGAAUCACAACAAAAUUAGUGUUAUCCAUAAUAAUGCGUUCGAAGGUUUGGAUACUUUGGAAAUACUUACGUUAUACGAGAACAAAAUUGUCACCAUAGAGCCCGAAGCUUUCCGAGGACUUGAAAAAAAACUGAAACGAUUAAAUCUUGGAGGAAAUGAUCUUACUGCGGUACCACAACAGGCUCUCUCUAUACUUGACACCCUGAAGAAAUUGGAAAUUCAGGAGAAUAAAAUCGGAAGCAUUCGUGAAGGCGAUUUUGCAGGAAUGGAAAGUUUGGACUCUUUGAUUUUGGCGCACAACAUGAUCACCACUGUACCUGCCAAUGUGUUUUCCCAUCUAAGUAUUUUGAAUUCAUUGGAAUUAGAGGGGAAUAAAAUAGAAAUCAUAGACAAGGAUGCUUUCAAGGGAUUGGAAGAAAAUCUACAAUAUCUCCGCUUGGGUGAUAACAAUAUUCAGUCUAUACCCAGCGAAGCUUUGCGUCCACUGCAUCGGCUGCGUCACCUAGAUUUAAGAAAUAACAACAUAAGUUUUAUACAAGAAGACGCUUUUGCUGGUUAUGGAGACUCACUGACGUUCCUCAAUUUCCAAAAGAAUGACCUGAAAGUUUUACCGAGCAUGAUUUUUGAAAAUUUGAAUUCACUCGAAACCCUCAACAUCCAAAACAACAAGCUGUCGCGGAUACCUCAAGAUAUCAUGGAGCCAAUCACCGACACGCUGCGCAUAAUUGACAUCACAGAUAAUCCGUUGGUUUGCUCGUGUGAGCUCACCUGGUUCCCGAAGCUUUUGCAAGAUCUGAAGAACAGAGAUGACGAAAUGGCACAAAAAAAGAAGCCCACUUGUCUCAUGCCAAUAGAAAAUCGACAAUACUAUGUACAAACAAUGCCAUUGGAGAAGAUGCAUUGUGGUGGCAAAAAUUCUGCUCCCACCGUAGUCAGCAGUGCAGUGCUCACCAACGUAGCCCUCAGCAUAUUGGCCGCAGUGAGUAGGUUUUAAGUUUCCACGCUAAGUCGCCACGAUGAGGAGCAAUUUUACUGGAAUUUAAAAAAUCAUUGCAAAAGAUUGCAUUAGAAGCGUGUUCGCUAUUACACGCAGGGACGAAAUACAUUCAUACAUAAAUAUAUAUACAUUGGUACCACGCCAUAAAAGUGGUACUGUUGAAGAGUGUCAUAGAUACGCGCACAUACAUAAUUGCAGAGAAGAAUUUGAGUAAAUUGUUGAAAAUUGUAUAUGCAUACAUAUCAAACGGAUGCCAUUGGGCUCAUACACACAUACAUAUCAAAUAAGUACUAAGGUUUUGUGAAAAGUUUACGAUAGCCUGUAAGAGAAAUGCAUUAGUUAUACACUGACGGUUACUUUUUGACACAUUUUUUUGCCGUAAGUUACCUAAAAGGGAGAACAAUUGAAACUAAACAGCUACAUGAACUGUAUUUAUUGCAACUAAAUAUAGAUGUAUGUUUACGCCUAUUAUUCCUAUUCUAAUGUUUAUGAAAAAGUAUUUGCUAAAUAUUUGCUGAAGCUAUACAUAUGUUAUAAUUUUUACUUCAUAUACAUAUGUACAUACAUGUAUAUAUUGGAUAUACAUACUAUAAAACGAUUUAAUAUCAAAGGGAAGCUACUAAUGCAAAAUCAAUGUCGUCGUUGUGAGAUACAAUCAUUUUUGGGUUUGUGUAUAUUUAACAAAUGAAAACUAUAAAUUUAAAAUCUAAAUUAAGAUAGUUCACUUCAAAUUCUAUGCUUCUUACAAAACAUAGCUAAGUGUGUAUUUACGUUUAUCACAUUAAAAAAUAAGAAAAUCUCUAAAACUAAAAAGUUUUGUGCGUGUUAAAUAUAUGUAAAUGCACCAACAUGUUAUAAGAACUGAUUACGGAAUAAGUAGUUUGUGCUCAUAAUAUGAGCAUGAGAGUUGGAAAAAUAUAUUAUCGAGCUACAUACAUACAUAUGCAUUUUAGAAUCGGAAAAAUGCAUUUGGUGAAAUGUGCUCCAAGUAAUCUCAAAAUUUAAUUUGCUAAAUUUACUUAAAAUAAUCGCUUUAAUUUAAAUUAUUACGUAAAAUGCUAAUUUGCUUUGGCUGUAUAAAAUAUUCGAAACAACUUUGUUAAAUUUUAUUAAUUUUUUUAUUUUAUUAAAGAAAGCGAUCAAAUGUUUAAUUGUAAUAUUAUAUUAUUGUAAUUGUAUAUUAUUCCAUAAAAGGAUGUAAGUUAUACUCAUUCGUAACUUGUAUAUGUACCUAUGUAAUAACUGUUUAUUGAAUUAUUUACACUAGAAAUGUUGUUUGCGAAAUGUUACAAAAAUAUUUUCACAAUCUGUUUAACGUAUUAAAACUCUCUGGCUUCAUUAGCUUUUUGUUAAGAAAUAAAAAAGUUAUAAAUACAUACAUACAUAUCAGCAUGCGCCAUGCAGUUGUAAAGUCGAGAUUAAAAGAUGAAAGUACGUUCUCAUAAACAUUUUCCAGAUGAAUUUAUUUUCGUGUAAAAUGCAAAAUCAGUUGUUGAUUGUUUGAGAUUAUAUUUAUGUGUACGAACACAUACAUAUGUAAGUAAAUACAAACACAUACUCGUAUGUACAAUUAAAAUAUAAGGCAACACAUUUUUAGUAUUUAAAUUUUUUACGAGUAAGCUCUAUAAAAUAUAUGCAUUGUAAUGAGUAAUGGCAUAGAAUCUUUGAGAAACGAAAAUAUGAAAAUAUUUUCAAAACAGUUGGGUCAAUAAUCGAAGGUUGUAUGUUUGUACUCAGAAACAUAAUUUUAUUAUACACUCGAAUAUACAAGUGUAGGAAUUGAAACAUAUUGAAAAUUUUUGAAAUUUCGUUUAAGUAAGAUUUAUGAAAGUUAAAAUAUUAUUUUGUACUCACAUUAUCAUUUCAUUCAUCCAAUAUACAAAUGUAUUAAGUUAUUAUCAAAAGUUAUUUCAUAUUUACGAAAAAUCUUAUAUCUUUAAUUUAAAACUUAUCUGAAUUAUUAUUUAUUUUUUGUAAUUAGAGUAAUAUAUUUUCUGUAUAUGCUACAUGCUAGCAAACUAAUGAGCAGCUUUAUCAAAUAGGGUCAGAUUUGGCAGCUCCUAGUUUGAUAAUGUGAUAAGCAUAUUCCUCGAUUUCCGUUCCGUUUUUGAAAUGAUAAAAAUAUACUUGUAUUGAGUUAAAGAAUAAUAAAGAACAGCCUGUUUAGUCUUAACAACA